UAUCAGAACAAAAGAGAUUCUUGUCUCCACUAGCGCUUAACAUUAACAUUUGUUUAUUCCUGAGUUAUAUUAACCGAGUGGUGAGCCUCCCCCGCCCGCACAUACCACAUUCCCAUAGAACAAGUCAAAUCCUCUACCAACUCCCUAAGCUACCUCCGUUACCAUGGCCGAUCCCCGUAUCAAGCAGCUCCGCAUCAAGACUGGAAUUCUCAAGCGCACUUAUAAGGAGAAGAUCAGUUACGAGAAGGAAGCUGAGCAGAUCCAAGAGAAGAUCAGGAAGAUGCAAGAGGAAGGUCAAGAAGUUUACUACAUCAAAAAGCAAGACCAACUGCUGCAGGAAACACAAAACGUCAUCCCUGAUACCCAGAAACGCCUCAAUGCCGCCUACCAUGACCUGAAAACCCUUGUGGAAACAGAGACUGAAUUGGAAGAAGCAGAAGAGUAUCUUGCAGCCAAGGCUGUCAUUGAAGAAAGUGCCUCUCAUAUUACAGCCUAAAUCAGUCACCAUCAUUAUCUGCACAUGCAUGCUGCGUAUGAAUUUGGACUCGUUCUGCACA